AUGGCUCCCCGCGGUGCCUGGACCUUGCUGGCAGCUCUCCCGGUCCUACUCGGGACUGUGCUCCCAGGGUGUGGAGGUGCUACAACAUCGGUGGACCCCCCCAAGGCUACACUGCUCCAUGGAGGUUCUUUACGAGUAAAUUGUAGCACCACUUGUGACCAGCCCUCUGAUGUGGGCCUGGAGACUGCGUUAAAAAAGGUUGAGGUGGCUCGUGGGACCAACUGGAAGAUCUUUGAACUGAGUGAUGUUCAAGAAGACAGCAAACCAAUAUGCUUUACAAACUGUGACAAUAAGCAGACAAUGUCUUCGAUGUCCCUCACUGUCUACAGGUUCCCGGAGCUCGUGGAGCUGGCACCCUUGCCCUUCUGGCAGCCGGUGGGUGAGAACUUCACCCUAAGCUGCCAGGUGAAGGGUGGAGCGCCCCGGGAUAGCCUCAAGGUGGUGCUGCUCCGCGGGGAGGAGGAGCUGGGCCGACAGCCCGUGGUAGGGGAGCCCGCCGAGGUCCCUUUCACGAUGUCGAUGCCGGCACGCAGGGAGGACCACGGUGCCAACUUCUCCUGUCUCACGGAACUGGACCUGCGGUCUCAAGGCGUGGCACUGUUUAAGAAUAGUUCGACCUCCAGGCAGCUCCAGACGUUUGUCCUUCCAGAGACCGAUCCGCUCCUCACCGCCCCCCAGAUCUUUGAGGUGGGCCAAAACACGACCGUGAGCUGCUCCUUGAAAGGGGUGUUUCCAGCCAGGGAGGCCCAGGUCUACUUGACGUUAGGGGACACGCCACUGAGCCCUGUAAUGGUGUCCAACGCAGCCCCGGAGUCUGUCAUGGCCACCGCCGUGGCAAAUAAAUAUGAGGAGGGUGUCCAGACCCUGAAAUGUGUGGUAAUCGUGGGCAACCAAAGCUGCGACUCCUGGAAGACAGUGACAGUCUACAACUUCCCGGAUCCUAACCUGACCUUGAGCAACCUGGAGGUCUCUGAAUCGACGGAGGUGAAUGUUGUGUGCCAGGCCCAUGAUGCAGCUGUGGUGACACUGACCGGGGUUCCAGUCCCUACCUCAACCCCAAUCCGGUCCUCAAACUGGAAGGUCCAUUUCCAGUUUAACGCCAGCGCUGAGGACAACGGGCGAAGCUUCACCUGCUCGGCUGUCCUGGAAGUAGACGGGCAGGUGAUCUACAAAAAACAGACCCAGGAACUCCGUGUGCUGUAUGGUCCCCGCCUAAAUGAAGAGGACUGCCCAGGCAACUGGACUUGGACUGAAGGCUCAGAGCAGACCCUAAAGUGCCAAGCUUGGGGAAACCCACGCCCCAAACUGAAUUGUCACAGAAAAGAGGAUGCGUUCUCACUGCCCAUCGGGGACCUGAGGCCUGUGAAACGGGAGCAUUCAGGCAUCUAUCUGUGUCAGGCUGUGAGCACACAGGGCAAAGUGACACGCCAAGUGGUGGUGAAUGUGCUCUACAAGGACAACUUGUUGGCCAUCAUCAUUACGGUGACAGUUGGGAUCAUACUGUGCGCUGCAGUCUUAACAGCUUGGUUCUACAACCGCCAGCGGAAAAUCAGGAAGUACAAGCUACAAAAGGCCCAGGAGGCAGCCUCCAUGAAGAUGAACAUGCCUCCCUCACCACCCUGA